GUAAUUUCAGGUUGCUGCGCUACAUGGGCAGGAAACAUGGUCUUGGACGCUCUCUUGUUAAACAUAUUGGAUCAGAGUCUUCUGAAAGAUCAGUUAGUCUUAUAGUCAGUUAUAUCUAUAAAAAAGGGGCGUCAUGUAGUUCGAACAAACACUGCUGGGGAUUGGUCUCGUUUACCUGUUCAUUCAGUCACAGAACAAACAGGUUUAGAUGAAUUCUUUAAUAUUGCCAACCUUGCCAACCAUGAAUUCAAGGCUCGUAAGACUUUUAAUGCCCAUCAUAUGAUUUUCAGAGAAAAAGAACAUCAGGCUUCUCACUUCAUCCGAAAUUAUGGGCAUACCAUCUUCCUCCGACUGCUCUAAAAUCUCAGAAGUUCAUGUUAUGUACAAAGACUUUCUCAAAAUACCCAGAAGUUAAGUAGAUGUUUAUUUACGUGUGUGUUGAGUGGUUCUUUUGCAUAUCCACCUUUUUAACUCAUGUUAGCUUUCUCAGAAUCUACAUGCCUUGUUCCUACCAUGGUAUUAUGUAAAACCGGUUCUUGCACAAGCGUUCGAGAAAUAUGUCGUUAUGCUUAGCUUUCGGUCUACUAGGUUUUGAUAUAUAUUUUUGGCCGUGAAUUUAUGCCCGACUGUACAUUUAUCUAAACCCAAAAACACGUGACACUUCACGGGUUAUUCGUGUAGUCCUACAGUCGGGUAUAUAUUCACGGCCAAAAAUAUAUAUAUCAAAAGCGGUAGGACUAAACUAUGCUGCUGAGAUUUGAACGAAUCUUAAAUGACCUUGAGAAAUAUUAGCCAAUCAGAAGACAGUGUACAUUAAAAAUUCAUUAUACAAAACCAGAAUUAAAGUUAAAACACUUCUUUUACAUGAGUCAAAAACUUCUCAAGGUCAGAUAUAGGUUCAGAAGUUCUAAAAUCAUAGUGCAUACGGUACAGGAACACAUCCAUAUGGCUCCAUAGUAGUCGACCUCUGAAACCAUGAUAAGGUCUCAAAAAUUCUUUGAGCCUCGACCACAGCUUCAGUAAUGUUGGUAUAUUGGUAUCGUUUACGGUUUAGGGUUGGAGUUAAGGUUAAGGGUGAGACUGUAGUUUAUGGACGACCUUUUGGAGACGCUAGAGUGACUGAGUGUCAACAUAAUAACUAAGACCAAAUGAGGGUAUAAACCAGUGUGAAGAAUUUAAAUUAUGAUUUAAAGUUCACGGUUAAGGCUAGGAAUUAUACUUGAGGUUUUCAUCACGAACGGACAUCAGCUAUAAUGCCAAAACUCUAUUUAUCCAAAUGGAUAAUUGAAUUUCGCGCAAAAAUCUUUUGAUCACUUCUCUUGUAGACGCUGAAUUAUCACGUCUUCCCUAAAAUCCGCUGUAAACCGAUCGUACGUAAGCAUCAGGUACCGAACUUAGCGCCGUGACCUUAGGUUCAUAAUGUAGAUGCCAACUCAGUCUAACUAAUCUUCACUUGUAACAUUGUAUCACAAGGUAGUCUAUAGCUAAUGAGGAAUGUUCCAUAUGAGAAACAAAUUCGGAUAUUCCAAAAUAGCUUGUUGGGCACUAAAGUUUACUUGAAGGUAUCGCCGAACCUGGAUUACUCGAUUCAGAUUUAAAGACUUCCUUCUAAUAUUGGUGAAUCAUAGUUGACGUAUGUCGGCGUACAUGUAAACAAACGUGAACCUGAAUUAUGAUGUCAUUAAGUCAAAAGCUACCAUGGAACCGAAGGUGGAGUUUUUCAGGUUUUGUAAUCAGGAAAUCUAUGGUUUUUGAACUUGUCAUUUAAAUCAACCUAAUUGAUUGAUUAUCAUGUUUUCACUAGAUUCACAUCUCAUAAAAUCUAUCUCGUUAGAUAGAAUUAACGCUACUAAAAUAUUUCUCGUCAUUGUAAAGUAACAGGAAAAAUGAGUUGUCGCCUUGAGGGGAUUCCCGUUUGGUUUAGUUUUUAGAAGUUUAACUUCCUAUCGAUUGUUAAGUAAGUAGAGGUAAGAUCCACACAUGUUUGUGAGUGCCUAAGGAUCACUAAUGAUGUACAAUUGUUUUGUUAGGUAUGUUGCGCCACAAAAAUAUUGGAGAAUAACUAAGUCGAUGAAUAAGCUUUCAUAAUUCGAUAUAUGUCACUUACGGGCAAAAAAAUCAUCCAGAAAGUUUAUUCUUCAUUUAUUUAGUAACCUAUUAAUAUUCAGGUCGUUUUGUAUAGGAUUAUUUCCAAAUAAAAGGGCUUCAUCGUUUAGUUUUAUUUGGCUUCUUACAGACCUAAGUGGAGUUCAGAAAUGUCAGUUUAUACGUUGGAUAAUCUUGAAAAAGAAGAAUUCUUGAAAUGGAGACGAUCGUUGGCUUUGCUGGAAGAAAAGGAUGGCAUCGUCCUUACUCCUUUUGAGCGGAAUCUGGAGUUCUGGCGUCAGCUAUGGCGUGUCGUGGAACGUAGCGACGUUGUCGUCCAGGUGGUCGAUGCUCGUCAGCCUCUUUUAUAUUAUUCGAGUGACUUAGAUGGAUAUGUCCAUGAAGUUGAUUCGAACAAGACAUGUGUGGUUCUUGUUAAUAAGUCUGACUUUCUCACAAAUAAACAAAGAGUUUUAUGGGCGGAGUAUUUUAAAACUAUUGGUAUUAAUGCCAUAUUUUGGUCGGCUGUUCUAGCCAGUGAACAGAUGCUGCGACAAAGUUCUACCAAUAUUACCCAAGCUUGUGAUAUUUCAACUAAAACAAUUAGUGAAAUCAGUUUGGAAUCCGAGUGUAAUUCUGAGGAAAGUCAAACAGACUCAGAUACUGAUAGCGAGGCUAGUACAGUAACUAUUCAUGAAGAAAGUAACGAAGAAAGUCCUAAGGUUGUCAGGUAUACUACACAGUUUCCGAAUAGACUGAGUUGUAAAAAAAGUGGUCCUUGUGAUGGUACAUUGAAUACAAAAGAAAUCAGUGAACCGAUUUCAGAGUUCUCCCAUUCUGUUGGGCGCGAUGUUAUUGAUGCUGAAACAUCUAUCCAAUCCAACAGACAAAAUGGUGAGGCGGAAGCUAAGCUUGUUGGCGUUGAGGAGCUGAUAAAUUUAUUAACUGAAAAAUAUAGUCCAUCCGGUCGUCAAUCAAAAGAUCCUUUGACUGUUGGCUUCAUUGGUUACCCAAACGUCGGGAAAUCUAGUACACUCAACGCGAUACUAGGUCAUAAAAAGGUUCCAGUGUCAGUUACACCUGGGAAAACCAAACAUUUCCAGACCAUUUAUGUCCGAUCAGACUUGAUACUUUGUGAUUGCCCGGGAUUGGUAAUGCCAUCUUUUGCCUAUUCUAGAGCAGACUUAGUUGUAGCUGGUAUAUUAUCAAUCGAUGGGAUGCGUGAUUAUAUAGCUCCUGUUGGUUUAGUUUGUGAAAGAAUUCCACGUCACAUUUUGGAGACAAUGUAUGGAAUCAACCUUCCUAAAUUCCAAAAUACACAAGUAAAAGAUGGUUUAAAUCGCAUCCUGACACCACAUGAAUUAUUGGCUGCUCAUGCAUUUAUGCAUGGUUUUAUGACAGCUAAAGGGAAUCCAAAUUAUGAUCGUUCUGCAAGAAUCAUUUUAAAAGAUUAUGUAAAAGGUCGACUUUUGUACUGUCAUCCUCCUCCAAACACAACUGAUCCUCUUGAUUUUCAAUCACUUGGGCGAGAUGAUGGUUUACCUUGCGGGGUUGGUUAUUUUCCUGAUCAAUCCAAAGCUGAACGGUUUCUUAAACGAUUAGAUGAAAAACAGAAACGAGCAUCCAGUCAAUCUAUUGAUGAAGUUAUCACUGAUUUUGAUCGAUUAGCGUUUAAACAGGAGCAGCAUGCACGCGAGCUUAUUAAAUCUCAUAAGCAAAUACCUAUUUUACGUUCCAAUAUAGAAAAGUCAAAGAUCGAUGAUGAAGUAUCAUCGAAUGCAUCUUGGAGUACUGUUGGCUCAGUUGAGACUGUUAGCAAUUUGUCAUGUAUUAGUAGUGGGACAACACAAUUUGUCUUAGAAGAUGGUGCAGUCAAAAAACCUUGGCGUCUAUUAAGUCACGCUAAACGCUUGAAUUCAGUACAUUCAACAAUAGUAUCAAACCAAACAGAGGCUGUAAAACAUAUAACAAGACAUAAAAAAUGCAAAGAAAAACUUCGUCGAGUCUAUCGUUAUUUAGAUGAACAUGAAAGAACAUGAAAGAAAACUAUUAUCUACCUAACUUGCAUCCUAAAAAUUAAACUUCUACAAAAUUUUUUCAGUCCUUGUACAUUUGACUAUUUUUUAUCUAAAUAAUUGAUAAAUAAAUUUUUUGGAUCAUG